GGCGGAGCGUCCCCGCUGCACCCCACCCGCGACGCCCGCGCUCGCUGCGCGCCCCGCCGGCCGGGCACGAUGGUGGUGUGCGGCCUCGCCUGCUGGAGGUGCAGGUGGCUCCUGCCACUGCUGCUGGGCCUGGCCAUCAUCAUGGGCAUCAUCGCCCUGGCGGGCCGGGGCUGGCUGGAGUCCGAGUCGGAGCCCUACGUGCAGCAAGCGUCGCUGUGGGAGAGCUGCACCCGGGGCGAGGAGGACCUCAACUGGAACUGCGAAUCCCUCAUGGACUACGGAUGGGGGAGAGCAGCAGCUGCCACAUACCUCGUUGGCUUUGUGAUCCUGGUCAUCUGUUUCGCUCUUGCAGUCAUUGCGUUCUCGAUCGAGAUACUCCGCUUCAACUUUGUGCGAGGAAUUGGAGGCUUGCUCUUUGUUGUUGCUGCAUUCCAGAUCAUUGGCUUGGUCAUUUACCCAGUGAAAUUCACAGAAGAUAUUCCACUGACAGGAGAUAAUAUGUUCAGCUGGGCCUAUGGUUUUGGCUGGGCCAGCACUGUCGUUGUUAUAGGUUGUGCUUUCUUCUUCUGCUGCCUCCCCAACUGGGAAGAUGAAGUCCUGGGAAACAUCAAGCCUACCUAUUACUACUCCUCCCCAGAGAGAGCACCAUACUUAAAUUGAAAGAUUAAGUCCAAGUACAGUCAACUGUCAAAACAACAGAGGAGUACCUAUGAUGUACAUCUGGUGUGAUUGUAGGAGACUGAAAAAAUCCCACCUUAUUUCACCAGAGCAUUUCUUAUUAUCCUGGUAAUAAAUUAGGAAAAACACUGGCAUAUUUAAGCAAAUAAUUUUUAUCUAAAGUAUUUAGUUACGUGUUCUCAUGUCAAUUCUGUUUCGGUGGUUUACUUGCUCCUUCCCCUCCCAACUAAUUAUUCAGACUUUUGCUUAUGAAUAAAGAUGAUUGUGUUUCAAGUGUAAAAAGGAAGAGGAUAGAUUUUAAACAACCCAUUAAUGGGUCCUGCAAGAGAUUUUUUUUUUUCACCUCUGACAAAAUUGCAUUAAAUGGAACUAGAAAAAAAGCAGCCUUCCAAAGAAUGUUUUUCUUCCAUCAAAGUCAGCCCCAAAGAAAGAACUUCCCUGAGACUGUCACAGUCACCUGUCACCUAAAAAUCUUUUCUUAUAUCUGUUACUGUACUGUUACUGACUAAAAGCUAUUUGAAUUAAGGGGAAAAUAAAAUUAAAAUUUAUUUUCCACCAGGUGAAGCUGUUAAACAGAGAUCUCUUCUAAAGCGUGGAGCUGGUGUGUAACAGUGGCUAAUGUAACACUGGUGGGUUUGUGGCCACAGCAGGACUUGUGAUGGAGUCACAGAUAUGUAUUUAAUAUAUGUUGUCGUAGAGACGAUCAAUAAAAUUUCAGAUGUUAAAAUUACAUAUAUUUUUACAUGUUUUUUUAGGGAUGCUGGUCUAGAAAAUAUCUUUGAGUAGAAACAUAAACUGUUCUAUUUGUCUACUUUUUUAAAGCUUCAGUGUUUUAAUUAUCAGUGUACUUUAGAGUGAAAUCUUAGUGUAAGGUAUCUGAAAACCUCCGAAAGUUUUUAACACUGUAGGUGCCUCAGUUUAGUAAACUUGGGGCUGUUUUAUGAGUCAUUAGGGGUAACAGGCAAAAACAGAUAAGCAGUUCUGUGAGCAGUUUAUGUAUGCAAACUUCAUACAGACAUCUGUGUCAGAGUAAUCUGGCUGGCUCCUAGUUUGUGUUUCUGCAGUCAGCAGUUCCAAAUAAGUAUUCCAGCAAAGCAGAGCUGUGUCUGUGUUGGUCAUGGACCUACAGCAUCUUACAGCAGAUUUAAUUAUGGUCUAUAAUCUUUGUUAGGGCUUUCUUCAGGGGAAGAAAGAAGAGGCUUAUUCUGUGAGCUCUUCUUCCAGCUUUGGGAGAAGCAGCUCUAGCAAAGGACAGGCUGAGGGGGGUACAGGGAGGAUGGAAAGCAAAGGCUGUGUGUUACUCUGUUAUUUCUUCUCUCAUGAACCCAGUACUAAAGGGAGAGUAAGUGUAUGGGUAUGUGUAUUCAUGCACAUGUACAAAAUAGAACAUAAAAAGCAUUAACCAACAUACUGUAAAGCUAAAGUAAUUUACAACUAAUAUUUUAUAAUGCUCAGUAUUUCUUGUACUAUAUAUUUUGUAGCUUUCCAUUUUGUAACACCUUUGUUAAUUUGAUAAUACUAUACAUUGAAUGUUAUCCUGUUUUGGAAAGGUCAUGUGACUCCUGAAGGUCCCUUCAAGGCCUAUUUUAUAAUUUUACAGGGCAUAAAUGUCUGCAGACUUCAGAAUUGUGUUAUGAGCUCAGUCGUGGCAUAUACAAUCAAGUGUAUUUGUGAUUCUUUUUGAAUAAGAGAAUUCUGUGAGAAAUGUGUCCCUUAAUUUUUUUUUCCCCUUUUCUGUACAGUACUGGUUUUGGGGAAUAUUGUGUAGACUUACCUGUAUCAUAAGUAAUGACAGUAGUUACUUCCAUCGAAUUCAAAACACAGCAGAGAAUCCCAAGUCUGGAAAAUUCUUAUACAGCUAAAGCUGAGAAGGAGGUAAAAAAAAAAAAGUAAGAAAAUGGACACCUUUCCUAAUGAGAGGGAGGAUGGUAUGGUAACCGGGUUUAGCACAAUUAAAGUCUUUGGUGUGCUUUCUUAUAAGCGGUGUCGUAACUUGUCAGAAAAGCACAGAUGUAAAAUAAAUUUGGCUCUAAAUGUACUGGGAGGGGUAGAAGCACAACCAGUGUGUUACACAAUUAAGAUGUUCCAGAGAAAGCUAUUGCAAAUAGUCAUUAAUUACUUUCAAGUGAUACUAAUGUAUGUGACACUCCCUUCAAAUGUGUCGGCUUGAUUAAAAAUGUUUUAACUUACGGUUCUAGAAACUUGUUUGUGGUUCAUGGGUUAAUUUCAUAAACUCAAUGAAGUAGUCAUUCUUUCCUUCUCUUAACGUGAAUAUCAGUAUCCAUAAAGUGUCGGAUUAAUAAAAUGAAGUUAAUGACCUCGUGUCCAGGAGGCUGCAACUUCAUUUUCCAGUCAAAUAAGCUUAGGUAUACAAUGCAAAACAUGUCUGUGCACUUUCUUUGGAAGUGCCAGGCAUAGAAUGUUCUUUGCUAAGCCAAAACCUCUUAAGUGCAUCACAGCUUAAGGGGGAACUCUAAACAUUUUAAGUACACAACAGUCUACAGGAGGAAAGGAUGUGGGAAGUCUGUUCUUUAUCAAAACUGUUCCAAGUGCCUUUCCUAUACUGAUCAAGAACUUUAAAUAGUGAGAAAAAGAUGGGGUACUGGCCUGCUAUUUUCAGUGGAAGCCUGCACUUCUCCUGUGAUUAGAAACCUUCCCAUUUCUAACCUUAGAUUAUGCGAGGCCCACAUUAUAGCCCUGUGCUAAUGUCAUUCUGUAUCCUAAGCAACUCUUUUUUCCCCUGCAUUUUUACAGAGAGCAAAUCUGUCAGUCAGUGCUGUCUUACACCAGCCUGUGGCUUCUGAUUUCUGGAAAGACAGGUUCAUCAUUCCCCUGUUGUUUGGGUUUUUUUAAAUCUGUUCUCUUUCCUAAAUGUCUUAAUUUUAAGUACAGUUACUACCCUGGAUUCUGGUGCCUUUCACAGAUUUCUUUUUGGUUUUGGUUCUAUGCCUCCCCCCUCUUAACUACUCUUAAUUUUAAAUACAGAAAUGGGGAAAAUAUUUUGAUUCCUGUCAGAUUUUCCUAAAUGCUCUGAAGAUAAUUGGAGGGUUUCUAUAGUGCCCUUCUUUUGAGAGAAAGAAAAUUUGUACUC